AUGCCAUCAGUUAAUAAGAAACAAAACUGUGAUGACACAGUAUUGCCGUUCGAAUUAGCCCUCGGUAAAGAACCAUUGAACGUUGAUGGCGUUGUUAACCAGCAAACGUUGCAAGCGCAUUUAUUGUUAUUAGGAAAAUUCAAAGAACUGGAACAAAAGAAUUAUGAGGCAGAUAUGAUGUACUUAUUAUGUGCUCAAGAUCGAUACAUAAAAUGGUUAAAAAUGAUGAGCAAUUAUAAAGAUGAAAAGACUGUUCCAUUGCCGCCAAUUGGUAUGCACGUUGAUCCUAUUUCGCAAGAAAUAUGGGAGCAAAAAACCGGAGAGCCAUGGAUUUUGGAUCUGGAAAAUAAAAAGAGCUUUGUUGUGCAGUGUCCAUGGUGUCAUCAGGAGCAGAUAUUUUCAACCUCUGAGUGGGUAAAAAUUAUGCGCACUUCAGAACAUGUCGAAAAAUGUAAGUCUUUUCAAUGUCAGGCUGAUUGGAGUACAGAUACCUUGAGUGCCUAUCGGUUUUUGGAAGAUGUUAAUAAUUACAUUGCAGAUAAGUCAAAAUUUCUUGGUGGUGCUUUAAUCGACUUAACUGGUGAAUAUACCCCGGAACUCGUCAAAACUAAAACUGAUCUCGUUUUUUCCAAGAAGUGGGAUAUUUCCAAUUCUACCUGCCAUUGGUCACAUAUUCUUAACCUUAUUGAGGCAUCUCUUAAAUCUACCAAUCAACUUACGGCAGCUUUACAAAAUUUUGUACAUCGCGUAGUCUCUGCGUAUUCUGGUAUUCCUGCACCAUUUUCUCUUGACUUCGUAUCUGCA